AUGUCAUUUGGACUUGAAAAGUGCAGAACUGUAAAUGUUUACCAUAGACGAAUUGAGUCAUCUAGAGGUUUCGACCUUCAGAGAGGUGGAAAGAUCGACGCGAUGACAGAAAAUGACACCUAUAAAUAUCUGGGCAUCACCCAAUCACUUCGAAUCAAUCACGAUGAAAUUAGAUCGAAGAUCACUGAAGUAUACAAUCAAGGGCUUAAAAGAAUCCUCAGUUCAGGCCUAAAUGGACACAACCUCACUAAAGCAAUUAACACAUUUGCCAUGCCAGCAUUAACUUACACCUUUGGAGUAGUUAACUGGUCAGAUACUGAACUGGCAAAAAUUGAGAGAUCUACUCACGUCAUACUUACUAAAUAUCUUAUACAUCACCCAAAAUCAGCCGUUGAGCGGGUAACUCUAUCUCGAGCCAAUGGCGGUAGAAGACUGAUAGAUAUUCGUAGAUUGUGUGUUAAACAGAUUCGGAGUCUUCGAAGUUAUUUCCUUUCGCAAACGGCCUCUCCCCUGCAUCAAGCAGUAAUAAAGGCUGAUGACCGUCUAACAACGCUCGAUCUCCUUCAUGCCGACAAUUACCCACCGUUAGAGACUGACGCUGAAUACAAAGAAGCCAAACUCCAGUAA